CAUUCGAUUCUUAACAUCCUCCUUCUCUGCGACCUGCUUCUCUUUUGCCCCUCAUUCUUCUCUCUCGUCGCUGCUGAGUCGGAGUCCGAGCCGGAGCUUCUCCUCCGGGGAGCCAACGCAACCGCCACCGGCAAUGCCUCGCUUGCGAGAUCCGGCGAGGAUAGCUUCGCCAACAUGAUUGAUCGGGCGCUCGAGAGAGAGUUCCCCGAGAAUGAGCAGAAUGAAGGUAAUGAUGCUGGCGGUUUCAACAAUAGUGUUGCUGAACAGCAGGCUGUUUUGGAAACUGUUGCUAGAGUUAAGUCCAAGAAAAAUGAGAGCAAAGAAGAAAAAUCAUUUCAUAUUCAUGAUGUUUUCCAUUUGGAUACUGAGAAUCGUGCAGAGGAUAUGCCAACCUUAAUUGAUCGAAAGGAUAAUGUGUUUAUCAUCUCCAAUCCCAAGUCAAAGUAUCCUGUUCUUCAAGUAGAUUUGAGAUUGAUAUCAGAUCUUGUGGUUGUCAUUGUUUCUGCAACAUGUGGUGGCAUUGCCUUUGCUUGUGCUGGACAACCGGUUAUGACAGGAUAUCUGUUGGCAGGAUCACUCAUUGGACCUGGUGGCUUGAGUUUUGUUAGUGAAAUGGUCCAAGUUGAGACUGUUGCUCAAUUUGGUGUUAUCUUUUUGCUUUUUGCAUUGGGAUUAGAAUUUUCAACAACAAAGCUUCGAGUUGUUCGAGCGGUGGCUAUUCUUGGCGGUCUACUUCAAAUUUUCUUAUUUAUGUGCUUGUGUGGAAUAACAGCUACGCUAUGUGGUGGUAAAUCAUCUGAAGGAAUAUUUGUGGGUGCAUUUCUUUCUAUGUCUUCGACAGCAGUGGUCUUGAAAUUCUUGAUGGAAAGGAAUAGUGUCAAUGCCCUUCAUGGUCAGGUUACAAUUGGAACACUGAUUCUGCAGGAUUGUGCUGUUGGUUUGCUCUUUGCAUUGCUUCCAGUAUUGGGUGGAACAUCAGGUGUUCUUCAGGGAGUAAUAUCCAUGACUAAAUCGUUGGUCAUCUUAAUUGCUUUUUUGGCCAUUUUGUCGAUAGUAUCUCGUACUUGUGUACCAUGGUUUCUUAGGCUUAUGAUAAGCCUAUCAUCUCAGACCAAUGAACUUUAUCAAUUGGCAUCAGUGGCAUUCUGCCUACUUGUGGCUUGGUGUAGUGAUAAGUUGGGUUUAAGUCUUUUGAGUAUCUUAUAUUCUUUCCAUAAAGUUAUUCCGAUGAAAUCUUCCUUGGUUGAGCCAAUUCGCAACUUUUUUGCUGCACUGUUCUUGGCCAGCAUUGGGAUGCUUAUACAUGUCCAUUUUCUUUGGAAUCAUGUUGACAUCUUAUUGGCAGCUGUUAUACUGGUGAUCAUCAUAAAGACAAUUGUAGCUGCAUCUGUUGUCAAGGGGUUUGGUUACAACAACAAGACUUCACUUCUUGUUGGGAUGUCUUUGGCACAAAUUGGGGAGUUUGCCUUUGUUCUUCUCAGUCGUGCUUCAAAUCUUCAUCUAGUGGAGGGAAAGUUGUAUCUAUUACUCCUUGGAACAACGGCUCUCAGUCUGGUGACUACACCUCUGCUUUUCAAGUUAAUUCCUGCCGUGGUACAUCUUGGUGCUUUGCUGCGGUGGUUCCCUCCUGAUAGUCCAUCUGAGAUUCCCUAUAAGGGGGACAGCUUUCGGUCAGACAGUGCUAAGCGUGUUACUUUGUUGGUUCAAGGCUCUCAUAAUUCAUGAUGUUAAAAUAGAUCAGAAAUGCAAUUUGCUGCUCUAUCAGAUGGCUUGUACUUUUGAGGAAGACAGGAAACAUAGUGCAAAUGAGUUUGUCCAAGAGAAUACAUUUGCCGUCGUAAAGGAAUACAUAUAUACUGCAUGCCUUUCGGACCAGUCUCAGGAGACGAUCAAUGCCAAACGCUGCUGGCAGAGAGGGUCACGAGUUUGAACCGGAUCCAUUCACUAACAUGGUAACUUGGGCCAUAUUGUUAUUAACUUGGGUGGCCUAAUUUUGUGUAUAAAUUAAUGUCCAGUCGCUGUUAGUAGGGGCAAUUCAUUUUAGGUGCAUUCCUUUUUUUUUUCUUCUCCACCUCAUUAUUUUUCUGUUUCUUUAAUCCAAAUUUUGGGUUGAUCGGUUUUCAAAUAUGUAUAAGUUGUUCUGUAAAAGUCUAGAAAUCAAGGCAAUAAUCAAAUUCAAAUGUAUCAUGUUGCGAUC